AUGCUGGGUCUGAAGCCCUGGGCCCGAUACCUGCUCCUGGUUGUGGCCCACCUGCUGGCCAUGGGCCUUGGGGCUGUGGUGCUUCAAGCCCUGGAGGGCCCUCCAGCACUCCAGCUCCAGGCCCAACUCCGGGCUGAGCUGGCUACCUUCCAGGCCGAGCACAGGGCCUGCUUGGCACCUGAGGCACUGGAGGAGCUGCUAGGUGCCGUCCUGAGAGCGCAGGCCCACGGAGUCUCCAGCCUGGGCAACGGCUCAGAGGCAAGCAACUGGGAUCUGCCCUCAGCUCUGCUAUUCACUGCCAGCAUGCUCACCACCACCGGUUAUGGCCAUAUGGCCCCACUAUCUGCCGGCGGCAAGGCCUUCUGCGUGGUCUACUCGGCCCUCGGGCUGCCUGCCUCUCUAGCCCUUGUGGCUGUCCUGCGAGGGCGCCUGCUGCCUGUGUUCAGUUGCCCAGGUGCCUGGGUGGCCAUCCGCUGGCGGCUGGCACCAGCCCAGGCUGCUCUGCUCCAGGCAGCAGGACUGGGCCUCCUGGUGGCCUGCGUCUUCGUGUUUUUGCCAGCGCUGGUGCUGUGGGCUGCACAGGGCGACUGCGGCCUGCUAGAAGCUGUCUACUUCUGCUUCGGCUCACUCAGCACUAUCGGCCUAGGGGACUUGCUGCCUGGCCAGGGACGUGGCCUGCACCCAGCCAUUUACCGCCUUGGGCAGUUCGCCCUUCUCGGUUACUUGUUCCUGGGGCUCCUGGCCAUGCUUUUAGCAGUGGAGACCUUCUCAGAGCUGCCACAGGUCCAUGCCAUGGUGAAAUUCUUUGGGCCCAGUGGCUCCAGAAUCGAUGAAGACCAAGAUGGCAUCCUAGGCCAAGAUGAGCUGGCUCUGAGCGUCGUGCCGUCUGACAGCCCAGCCUUGGAACAGACCAUCCCAGCACCAGCAUCAGAGCAGGCCCCAACUUGCUGA